AGUGUAUCAUACUGUUACAGAUAUUUCGAUCUUGAGAUUCAUACUAGAGGUCUCUUGGGGACCAAUGCUUGCUGCAUUUAGUGUCACUCUUGACAAGAGUGAUGAUAGACUAGCAACUUCUCUUUGCUUACAAGGCUUCAGAUAUGCGGUUCACGUCACUGCAGUUAUGGGAAUGCAAACUCAGAGAGAUGCUUUUGUAACUUCCAUGGCCAAGUUCACUAAUCUCCAUUGUGCUGCAGAUAUGAAGCAGAAAAAUGUUGAUGCUGUAAAAGCGAUAAUAACAAUAGCCAUAGAAGAUGGUAACCAUCUACAUGGUUCUUGGGAUCAUAUAUUAACUUGCCUUUCUCGUAUAGAACAUCUGCAACUCCUAGGAGAAGUAUCACCAUCAGAGGCACGUUACGUCCCAACCAAAAAAGCUGAGGUAGACGAGAAGAAAGCUCUAGGUUUUCCGAAUUUAAAGAAACGUGGAUCUUUUCAGAAUCCAUCUGUUAUGGCUGUUGUUAGGGGAGGUUCUUAUGAUAGUACUUCACUUGUGAAAAGUGUUCCCAAACUAGUCACUCCGGAGCAGAUCAAAAGCUUCAUUGCAAAUUUGAAUCUACUUGAUCAAAUAGGCAAUUUUGAGUUGAACCAUGUAUAUGCUAAUAGCCAAAGGUUGAACAGUGAAGCUAUAGUUUCUUUUGUGAAAGCUCUCUGCAAAGUCUCCAUGUCAGAACUUCAGUCACCAACAGAUCCUCGUGUCUUCAGCCUCACGAAACUAGUGGAAACAGCGCAUUAUAACAUGAACCGUAUCCGACUAGUUUGGUCCAGGAUAUGGAAUGUUCUCUCUGAUUUCUUCGUAUCAGUCGGCUUGUCAGAGAAUCUCUCUGUUGCUAUAUUUGUAAUGGACUCGCUUCGUCAGCUUUCCAUGAAGUUCUUGGAACGUGAAGAGCUAGCAAACUACCAUUUCCAGCAUGAGUUUCUUCGCCCAUUCGUCAUUGUUAUGCAGAAAAGUAGUUCCGCAGAGAUUAGAGAGCUUAUAGUCCGAUGUGUGUCUCAAAUGGUUCUUAGUCGAGUUAGUAAUGUCAAGUCUGGUUGGAAAAAUGUCUUCACGGUAUUUACUACUGCAGCGCUUGAUGAGAGGAAGAACAUUGUACUUUUGGCUUUUGAGACAAUCGAGAAAAUCGUGCGGGAUCAUUUUCAUUGCAUAACGGAGACAGAGAUAACGGUAUACGCAGACUGCAUUAGAUGUCUCAUCACCUUCACAAACAGUAAGUUUGAAGGUGAUAUUGGCUUCAACACCAUAGAGUUUCUUCGUUUCUGCGCUUCAAAACUUGNGGAGAACAAUGAUGAUCAGAUCAUGGUGAGGGGUAAGACUUUGUCUUUAGAGUUGCUUAAAGUCAUUAUUGACAAUGGUGGUUCUGUUUGGCGCUCUAAUGACAGCUUCAUCAAUGCCGUUAAGCAAUACUUAUGCUUAUCACUACUGAAGAACAGUGCGGUGUCAAUCAUGUCGAUAUUUCAACUGCAGUGUUCUAUCUUCAUGAGCUUGUUAUCAAAGCUUAGAUCAGUCUUGAAAGCUGAAAUAGGCAUUUUCUUUCCGAUGAUUGUUCUUCGAGUGCUUGAGAAUGUUCUUCAGCCUAGUUACUUGCAGAAGAUGACUGUUCUCAACUUGUUAGAUAAAAUGUCACAAGAUCCGCAGUUGAUUGUUGAUAUCUUUGUGAACUACGACUGCGAUGUGGAUUCUGCCAACAUACUUGAAAGGAUUGUCAACGGUCUUCUCAAAACUGCUCUAGGACCACCGACUGGAUCAUCAACAACGUUGUCCCCAGCGCAAGAUAGUACUUUCAGGAAUGAUUCUGUCAAGUGUUUGGUUAACAUAGCAAAGGCAAUGGGGAAUUGGAUGGACCAGCAGUUGAAAGUGAAUGAGACUGUUUGGCCUAAAGGCUCACAAGUUUAUGCUUCUAUGGACAGUAAUGCAGGUCAAAUUGGUGAAUUAGAAGGAACUAUAUCUGACUGUGACUCACAGCCAGAUACUACUAAUCCAGAAGCUUAUGAUGCUUCUAUGCUUCAGCAACGAAGGGCUUACAAAAUUGAACUGCAGAAAGGUAUCUCUUUGUUCAAUAGGAAACCAUCGAAAGGUAUCGAAUUUCUGAUAAGCAGCAAGAAAAUAGGCAGUUCACCUGAGGAAGUAGCUUCCUUUCUGAUGAAGACAGCAGGGUUAAAUGGAACUGUGAUUGGUGAUUACCUUGGUGAAAGAGAUGAACUUCCUCUCAAAGUAAUGCAUGCAUAUGUGGACUCGUGUAAUUUCGAAAAGAAGGAUUUUGUUGAAGCAAUAAGGUUCUUUCUACGCGGCUUUAGGCUACCGGGAGAAGCUCAAAAGAUUGACCGAAUCAUGGAGAAGUUUGCAGAACACUACUGGAAAUGCAACCCUGGUUCUUUUACUAGUGCAGACACUGCUUACGUUCUUGCUUACUCUGUGAUUAUGCUAAACACAGAUGCACAUAACAACAUGGUUAAGGAUAAGAUGACGAAAGCCGAUUUCAUCCGCAACAAUCGGGGAAUAGAUGAUGGGAAAGACUUACCUGAAGAGUACUUAGGCUCUCUAUAUGAUCGAGUUGUGAAAGAAGAAAUCAAGAUGAACUCUGAUACUUUAGCCCCACAAAACAAACAAGUGAAUGGCUUGAAUAAACUGUUAGGCUUAGACGGCAUCCUCAAUCUGGUUUCUUGGAUGCAACCAGAUGAGAAACCUCAUGGUGCCAAUGGACGUCUUAUAAGGGAUAUUCAGGAACAGUUCCAAGCUAAGCCAGAGAAAUCAGAGUCAGUGUAUCAUACUGUUACAGAUAUUUCGAUCUUGAGAUUCAUACUAGAGGUCUCUUGGGGACCAAUGCUUGCUGCAUUUAGUGUCACUCUUGACAAGAGUGAUGAUAGACUAGCAACUUCUCUUUGCUUACAAGGCUUCAGAUAUGCGGUUCACGUCACUGCAGUUAUGGGAAUGCAAACUCAGAGAGAUGCUUUUGUAACUUCCAUGGCCAAGUUCACUAAUCUCCAUUGUGCUGCAGAUAUGAAGCAGAAAAAUGUUGAUGCUGUAAAAGCGAUAAUAACAAUAGCCAUAGAAGAUGGUAACCAUCUACAUGGUUCUUGGGAUCAUAUAUUAACUUGCCUUUCUCGUAUAGAACAUCUGCAACUCCUAGGAGAAGUAUCACCAUCAGAGGCACGUUACGUCCCAACCAAAAAAGCUGAGGUAGACGAGAAGAAAGCUCUAGGUUUUCCGAAUUUAAAGAAACGUGGAUCUUUUCAGAAUCCAUCUGUUAUGGCUGUUGUUAGGGGAGGUUCUUAUGAUAGUACUUCACUUGUGAAAAGUGUUCCCAAACUAGUCACUCCGGAGCAGAUCAAAAGCUUCAUUGCAAAUUUGAAUCUACUUGAUCAAAUAGGCAAUUUUGAGUUGAACCAUGUAUAUGCUAAUAGCCAAAGGUUGAACAGUGAAGCUAUAGUUUCUUUUGUGAAAGCUCUCUGCAAAGUCUCCAUGUCAGAACUUCAGUCACCAACAGAUCCUCGUGUCUUCAGCCUCACGAAACUAGUGGAAACAGCGCAUUAUAACAUGAACCGUAUCCGACUAGUUUGGUCCAGGAUAUGGAAUGUUCUCUCUGAUUUCUUCGUAUCAGUCGGCUUGUCAGAGAAUCUCUCUGUUGCUAUAUUUGUAAUGGACUCGCUUCGUCAGCUUUCCAUGAAGUUCUUGGAACGUGAAGAGCUAGCAAACUACCAUUUCCAGCAUGAGUUUCUUCGCCCAUUCGUCAUUGUUAUGCAGAAAAGUAGUUCCGCAGAGAUUAGAGAGCUUAUAGUCCGAUGUGUGUCUCAAAUGGUUCUUAGUCGAGUUAGUAAUGUCAAGUCUGGUUGGAAAAAUGUCUUCACGGUAUUUACUACUGCAGCGCUUGAUGAGAGGAAGAACAUUGUACUUUUGGCUUUUGAGACAAUCGAGAAAAUCGUGCGGGAUCAUUUUCAUUGCAUAACGGAGACAGAGAUAACGGUAUACGCAGACUGCAUUAGAUGUCUCAUCACCUUCACAAACAGUAAGUUUGAAGGUGAUAUUGGCUUCAACACCAUAGAGUUUCUUCGUUUCUGCGCUUCAAAACUUGCAGAAGGAGGACUUGUCUUGAAUGAGAAACUCAAAAACAAUACUAUCUCUGCGUUAAAGGAAGAUUCGUCCGAUACACAGAUUUCUACCGACUUGGAUGAACAAGUAUCCUAUUGGGUUCCUUUGCUUACAGGUUUAUCUAAGCAAGCCUCGGAUCCGAGACCAGCAAUACGAAAGCGUUCCAUAGAAGUACUCUUCAACAUUCUGACGGAUCAUGGUCAUCUUUUUACAAGACCCUUUUGGACUGGAAUCUUCAGCUCUAUCAUUCUCCCGGUUUUUAACAACAACAUACGUAGUAAAACCGAUAUGCUCUUUGAAGAAAGCGUUGAGUCGCCAUCAUCAGCAGCUUCUCAAGACACCGAAGAAACCACGUGGGACUCUGAGACAUCAACAUUAGCAUUGCAGCUUCUUGUCGAUCUACUCGUUUUCUUCUUCAGCUCUGUAAGGUCUCAGCUUCCAAGUGUUUUGUCAAUCCUCAUAGGGUUCAUAAAGAGUCCUUUUCAAGGCUCUACAGGCUCUGGGAUCUCUGUCUUGCUUCGUUUGGCUGAUGGAUUGUCUCGUAGCGCCUAUGAAAAUGAAUGGACAGAGAUUUUCUUGGCUCUCAAGGAAGCAGCCUCUCUUACUUUCGCGGGUUUUAUGAAAGUCUUAAGAACAAUGGAUGAUAUAGAAGAUGUUGAAACAGUCUCUGGUCAAAGCGUAAACAAAGAUGAUCUCGAUGAUGACAGUCUUCACAUCAUGUCGUACGUUGUAUCCAGGACAAAGAAACACAUCGAUGUCCUGUCUCAAAUCGUCGAGGUUGUGAGUGAUUUAUACAGAAAAAGACAAUUCUCAUUGUCCGCAUCACACGUGGAUAUCCUCGCAGACAUUUUCUCGUGCAUCGCGUCUCACGCGCAGGAACUUAACUCAGACAUAGUCCUUCGCAGGAAGUUCAAGAGAGCAUGCACAGUUCAAAACCUAACAGAGCCUCAACUACUUAACUUUGAGAACGAGUCUAACAAAUCCUACAUGACGUUCCUUCAAGACAUGGUCGCUUGCAAUCCGAACGUAUCCAAAGAACUCGAUCUCGAGUAUCGUCUAGUCACUGAAUGCGCAAAAGUCGUGAAGAUCUACCUUAAAUGCACAGAUCAACAACAUCAACAAAAAAGACACGUCCUAUGGAUUCUUCCGAUGGAAUCAGAUCGUGUAGAAGAAGCGACAGCGAGAACUGCGCUGCUUGUUUCGUCACUCGAAGCUUUAUGUUCGUUAGAAGCAGAGUCUUUGAAAAGACACGUGUCCAGCUUCUUCCCUUUGUUGGUGGAUCUUGUGAGGACUGAGCACUGCUCUCCACAAGUUCCGUAUGUCUUAAGCAAUGUUUUGAAAUCGUGCAUUGGUCCUAUUUUGGCUUAGUCGCUUGCUUGCGGAUUAAGUUAAAAACAACAUCCACUAAUCUGUGUAUCGUCCACAUCUUUUUUGGGGUUUGGCUGUCUACCCGAAUAAAUUUUGGCCA